CCAGCUGGAAGCAGCUCGAAGGGGUUAAAAAUCAUCAGGAGACUUGAUAAUUAUACAUAACGCAUAUAACGCCAAUAUUUAAAAAUCUCUGCGUUUAAAUCUCACAUGUGAGAAAUCUGCAUUGGGAAAUUAAUAAUGGCGAGCAGCUUCAAUCCUCAUGUUUGGUGAAGAUCAAACGUAAACAAAAACUGGAUUCCUGGCCUGCUGGGAGCUGGGAGUCGCGAUCAGGUCGCGAUCUGGACUUAAAUUCGUAUUUUGAUGUGAAGAACACGAAGAAUAGAGGAUGAGCAAAAGACAUCAUGAGCCAGGAGCAGAAAACAGCAACGAAGCCGACGAACCUCUGAUAAAAAUUCCCAAGUCAUUGUCAUCAUGCAAAACUCUGGAGGCCCUGAUUUCGAUUGGGAAAGAUUUUCCCAUUUUACGGUUUUCAAACAAAAUUCCCGCCGUGGUGAUGAUCCAUCAAGUGUACGACUUGGUUCCAUCACGGACUAUCGUUGACCGGGAAAUGAAUUCGUUACGGAGCAAUGGUGUGAUCUGCGUUUUCCAACUGGGCAUCGAUUUGCAGUCCAGAGCUGUAAUUUUGGCCGAGGACAUGCUUAAAACUGCCAAUGUUUGCUACCCUGGAAACAAAACCGUUGCGAAGUAUUUAGGAAAAAUUAUACCUUUGGGUCUGAUUGAGAUCGAGAAAACAAGACUGGAGUCGAUUGUAUCGAAAACCGAAGCCAAGGAGCUGAUGCACUUUGGUUACCUGGUGUUGAAGGACGCCAAAACCUACAGCCUGUCCUUCCCAAACGCUGGAAACUUCAUCAGAGCCUUCACGAAAGGACGCAAGACCGUCCUGGCACUGAUCAAGAAGGGAAAAUACAACCAAGUAUUGGAAAGGGAAUUGCUGGGGAGGCCUCUGGAGAAGACUGUCGUUCUCGGCACAAAAUACCAAAUCCAUGACGUUGUUGGAGCGGAUUUGGCGCAGAGUUUUGACACCACUUCUGGCAGAAUGCUGAAGAUCAGCCAAAAUGGCGUCAAGGUACUUAAAAAGUGACCUUCUUCUGUGAUAUUUUUCAUCUGAAUCAAAGAUCUAAAUUUUAAUGCGUCAGGGUUACCAUUUCACGUGGUAAUCAUUUACACAAAAGUAAUUCGAAAAAUUAAUUUCUACGUACCAAACUAAAAUGGCUGGAGAUUUAAAAUUUUUAUAAUGUGGCAUAGCUUAAAGAGAAAAAUCUGGCUACUAGAAUAUGACUGGCACACAAUUUUUGUUGUGUUGUGCGUUUAACAAAAAUCUACAAUCGUGAAGUUGUAUUUUGUGGGAAUCAAUUUUCAAAUAACAGUUAAGUUUAGUGUUAUUUGUGUUGGUCGAAACCAAGUCAUGAUAUUUUUUAAUCAUAAUCAGAAGUCCAGAGAAUUUUUCUAAUGCUUAGGUUCAAGAACUAGGAAACUUGAUAGGGAUUUUUCAUCAUAUUUAUUUGCCAUGCGAACUGUUUAGAUGCUGUGUAUGAUUUCUGUUUUUGCGCCAACAAACCGCCACUAAAGAUCUAAAGAAUAAUUAAUUACCCUGCCUCUUAUAAAUUGAGCACAUUUUCGUGUGGAAAAAUAUAUGAUUUACCAAUCAAUAAAAUUCAAGUUUUGUCUAUA